AUGAAAAAGGAGACGGAGACAAUUGAGACGAUUGAGACGGAUGUGAUGCCGGACGAAGACCCUAGCAGCAGCUUGAAGGAGAUGGUCACGACCACACACAUGUCCAAGGAACGAUACGAUUCUGCGUCCUCAUCUAUCGACAAAGCUGCGUCCCUCUUUGCAGCAUACGAGACGUGGGUGGGCAGCCACACAGGCUUAGCUCGCAAUGUUGAGACGGCACUUUAUGUCGUACCCCAGUUAAUUCCGAAACGUGCGAUGGAGCCAGAAGUCGCAGCCCAAGUUGGUUACUCGUUCGUUGGACUGCUGCAUUUGUAUCAUGAUUACGUACUAUGGAAAAAAGGAACUAAUCACGAAGUGGAGCAGUCGAUGGCUGGUCAAAAAUUGACGCGCUUGAUUCGUGUACCGCUGUCGCUGAUUUCGCAUGUACAAGUAUCGGCAGAAGUCGUGGCUCGCAAAUUCGGCAGCGACGCUGGCAAGCGGCGUCUCAUCGUGUGGGUGGAAGUCAUCAAGGGCAUGCUCCUCCUCGUACUUCUCGCUCAUCGACGUCGUGCCAUGCUUAUACGUGGAGGCAAGUACAAGGGUGUGGAAUCGUUGCCACAGAUGUCUCCGUUCGCCCGGUUUGGAAAAGCUAAGAGACCUGGUGCUCGAACGGGCAAGACAUUUGGAAAAGCUACGGCUUCAGAACCUAGUGCGCCGGCGGAAAAGGGUGUUGAUGAAGCUCCCAACAAGAUCACGUUCGAAGCUGCUACUAUUGAACUCGCGGAAGGAUCCCGUGAAGAUCUUCUGCUGGCUGGAGAGGUCUGUCACAUAUUGCGGCCCAUGGUGUAUGCGCUGCUCCGUCGCCGGCGACCUCAGUCUUCGUGGACUCCCGUUCUCGUGUCGCUUCUCGUAGAGCUUUCCGGGUUGGCGCUGUCUGCUGCAGCGGCUAAACCUGUAGAACGUGAGAAGUCUGUCUGCACGGACAAGGCUAAGGAUGAGAUUGCAGCUCGGAAGAUGGCUCUUCUGUUCUACUUGCUUCGCGACCCAGUGUUCGCCACGAUCACAAAGCCUGCGGUCGGAAAGGCGGCGCACGUCAUGGAUUACGUACCAGGCAUAGGCAAAUUGUUCCGCUUCGGGACGUCUGCCGUGCUGGACUACUACCAUCAGUUUUACUUUUACACGUCGGCGUCGUAG